UGAAUUUAAGAAAAGAAAGGGGUAAACACGAAGUAAAGUAAACCUUUAGUCGCCGAUACUCUCUCUUUCAUUCUUUUUCUCUUCCGUCAAAACCGAAUGCUGCUUUCUUCUUCUUCGAUAUAUUUCUCUCAAACCACCAACAACCAUGACUAGCUCCUCAAAUUCCUCUCGCAAGACUCUGAGUAAGAUUGCCUGCAAUAGGCUUCAGAAAGAACUCGUCGAGUGGCAGGCUAAUCCUCCUACUGGUUUCAACUACAAAGUUAGCGAUAAUCUUCAAAGGUGGGUUAUUGAAGUGAUUGGAGCUCCUGGGACACUUUAUGCUAAUGAAACCUACAAGCUUCAGGUUGAUUUCCCGGAGCAUUAUCCAAUGGAAGCUCCACAGGUCAUAUUUAUGAAUCCGGCCCCAAUGCAUCCCCAUAUCUAUAGCAACGGCCAUAUUUGUUUAGAUAUAUUAUAUGAUUCAUGGUCCCCAGCCAUGACUGUUAGUUCUGUAUGCAUCAGUAUUCUCUCAAUGCUUUCAAGCUCAACUGUAAAGCAACGCCCUGAAGAUAAUGACCGAUAUGUAAAGAACUGUAGAAAUGGCAGAUCUCCCAAGGAGACAAGGUGGUGGUUCCAUGAUGAUAAAGUAUAAUAACUGGUAAUAAAUUCAUAAAACUAGAAUAGAGGAUUAUCCGUUCAAAAAGGAUUAAUAUGAAGUGGAGAAAGGCAUUUUUGAGAAACUUGGAUGCCUUUAAACGCUUAACAAUUCUCCUGUAAAUUGGAAUUACCCCUCAUUUGAUCACAUGAGGAAGCAAACUCAGAAUAUUGUGUUUAACUUGCAUGUCUGAUAACUGUUCCUUUUUAUUGCUUUUCUUUCUAAUGAUUUUCUGUCAUGUGCGUCUUUUGUGCGUGCACACACAUUUGAAUUGAUAGAAUAUUGCUGUUUCCUAAUCUAAGUAGCAGUAUGGUAAA